AAAUGUAAUAAACAUUUUGUGUUAAAUAGUUUAUAUGAUAGUAUACUGUGGUAUAUAUAAUAUCAUUGUGUGUUAACUCAAAUGUAAACAACCGUUUGUUUUAAAAAAUUWAAAAAUAAUUGUUAUUUUUUAAUAGAAGAUAUCAAUUGUUUUAUUUGUGUGUUUUGUUGGGCAAUGUUUGCCACAGAUUUAUUGGUCGCCGAAGACAUUGAUUAUUAUUAUCAACGGAAGACAGAUUCAUAGGAACCGAUAGAGAGAGAGAGAGAGAAAGAGAGGACAACAGUGUGACGGACUGUGAGUGAGUGAGUGUAUCGCUAGAGUGWGUGAGAGAGAGAGCGAGAGAGAGAGAGAGAGAGUCACGGUUAGGACACAGACCUACUUGUAGUGGUGGAUGUGUUUAAAGUGAUUGUCGAUUAUCUACUAAAAGGUGUGUCCACUACUGCUACUACUAGAGCCACUGUCGCCRCUCCCGUUACCGCCACUAAUACCGCCACUGUUACCGCCGCYGCCGCCACUKCAACGACAGCAGCCGCAGCCGCCGCCGCCACGACCGCUGUACUAACAACGGCCAGUGAUUACUAUUAUCGAUAUCCAMCYAAUUGUUAUAGUGUUACCGCUGCUGCCACAACCGCCGCCGCCGUCAUCCAAUCAACCGAUGUGCGUGCAAUGACCUCACGGGCGACCGACUCCUGUGGUCACGCGUCGUCAACAGCCAUAUUGCGCGAAGAGAACAAUCAUUUGAAAUCGGAUUUAAAAACAUUUAAACAAUUGUUUUAUUUGUUUAGUGAACGACACGCCGAGUGUGUUAAAUAUAUUAAGACACUGAAGACAGUUAACCAACGAUUAUUGAAACGUUUGCCACACGAAGACAAUACAUUGAACCGAUUGGAAGAGAUCAACUGCGAGAACCAGUUGCUUAAGUUUGAUAAACAGAUUGACACCGUUCAGCAACAGUUGAUUAUGAAUAAGAGUGUCCACACCCAAACAAGCGGACAACUGUUGGACAAAGCAAUACACAGGUGUAUUACCGGUAAAUUACCGGCGGACGGCACCAGCAAUAGCCACCAGCAUCACAGUGCACCUCCUCCGCCGCCAAACGGCAAAUAUCGGUGCGAAUACUUUGGCUGCAAUCAGUGGUUUGCCCGAAAAGACCUGAUGGACAGUCAUCUGAGAUUACAUACKUCAAUGCAGGAGGCGAUAGCCUACGACCAGAAUGAUCAACAAAACGCUGGCCAACGUAUCAAUGAAAUCAUAUUUGUGCCACAAAUGGAGUUGGAGGUCAUUGAGUAUAAUAACAAUAAUAAUAACGGCACUCAUAACGAAUCUCUGUCGUACACAAACAGUACAUCCAAUGACAGCAAUAGUCACAAUCGUAACGGCAAUAACAGCGCCAACAAAGCACAGAUUGCGUGCGACAUAUGCGGCAAAAAUUUUAGCAAACAGUACAUCCAAUCGCACCGCCGCUCGCAUACGGGUGUCAAACCAUACAAGUGUUCGUACACUGGUUGCGAACGUACGUUCACACAGUCUUCAUCGCGAAACUAUCACGAAAAGACUUACCACCGAAUAGACAAAUAUCCGCUAAAAUGCUAUUAUAGUAACUGCGAAAAGUCGUUCAGUCGUCAAAUCGAUCUCCAGAAGCAUCUGACGCAUCAYAACGGCGGCUCCGGUAAUAGCGGUGGCGGAAUGUUGCCGUUCAGUGCCAGUUCGCUGAUCGCUCCGACCGUCAGUGACCAGCAAUUGAAACGUCACACCACUCGACGACUGCGACGAGUGCCGCACCGGUCCGGCAAACAUGGCUGUCCUCAUUGCGGUAAAACCUUUGCACAUAAGGUUGCCCUCAGACAGCAUGAGGUGAUCCACGGAAGCAAACAGUUUGUCUGUCAUUUUCCUGAGUGUCAAUACGCCUCCUACUGGAAGCAGAAUCUAUCGCUACAUUUGCGAAGACAUCACAACCAACUGCACGACUAACAACAACAACAACACUUCCUAAUACAUAGCAUACAUACCAUACCUAAACAACACAACAAACCAUUAUAAGUAUAUUAUUAU